AAAGAAAACGACGGCCGAUCGUAAGUUGCUUCACGGAAGCCGUACCUCUGCCCAACGCCAAGGUCAUGCAAAGAAACUGGUUUUUCUCGACUCAGCUGUUCUCCGGGCUUCUGUUGCUCAACAACCCGAAUGAACGCCGCAGCCGGACUGCGGCUUCGAGGGAAAGGGUCGUGCAGUGAUUGUACAGGGGAGGGCACGGAAAUGAGGGACUGCGCGACAUGGAAAAAAAAAAAUAAAACAAAAGGCCACUACUGCCCUUCACGCGUGAGCCCAGACAAGCUUCAAUCGCCCACAACGAAGGAAGGUUUCUUAUCGCAGUGAUACGGAGCGGUGCGGCGGCUGGGAACGCACUGACGAGAAGGGAGAUGGCCAGGCGAGGCCUGUCACUUCGCGGUCGCUACAGUUGAAGCGGGCGCAGUCUGGAGACGAGCACGCGCAGAUGUCGGCCGACAAAGAAUUCUCGGGACGUCUUGCAGUCGUCACCGGAGGAGGCAGUGGCAUCGGCGAAGCCAUCUGCCAUGUGCUGGCCGAGAGAGGUGCCCGUGUCAUCGUAGCCGACAUCAACGUAGAAGCUGCGCAAAGGGUCGCGAAGUCACUGCCGGGGGACCAGGGCCAUCGCGCUGUGGAAGUGGACGUGGGCGAGUCGGCGUCCGUCGAGCGGCUGUUCGAGGCGAUUCAGGGGUUCAGCGGUGGCACACCUGUCAGCAUAAUCGUCAACAACGCCGCCAUUGGCUGUGGCUUCGCCUCGAUAGCUGAUGCUAGCGAAGAGGACUUUGAUCGAAUAAUCAAGACAAAUCUGAAGGGACCGUUUCUUAUGAGCCGUACAGGUAUCCGCCUAAUGCUGGCAGCUGGUGUAAAAGAAGGAGCCGUGGUCAACGUGUCCAGCAUCACUGCCAAGAGUGGAAUGAAGGGCCUCGCAAGCUACGUGGCCUCGAAAACCGGUAUACUGGGCCUGACCAAGUCCAUAGCGCUGGACGUCGCGGGAACGGGCAUCCGAUGCAAUGCAGUGCUGCCAGGUUUCACGGUGACGCCAAUGUCAGACCACCUCACCGCAGAACAGAAGCAGCAACUUACCGCAAACAUACCGCUCAGUCGCCCUGCCCAACCACGCGAGGUGGCACAGGUGGUGGCUUUCCUAUGUGGGCCACACAGUUCGUACAUGGUCGGCUCCGCUGUUGAAGUCUCCGGAGGCGCGAUGAUGUAAUAAAGGCUUCACCGACACCACGCCACAUAA